AUGGACGGAUUCAACCCCCCUUCAUGGCCACCUGAUAAUCAGAACUUAACAACGCCUGGUGCGGAAACGGCUGAUUAUGAGUUUGGUAGACCAAUGGAACUUGAUAAUUAUCAACAACAAAGUGCGCCAUCUUAUUACCUUCCAAAUCAACUUCCGAUGAGUUUGACGGCAGAAGAAUAUAAUCAACUUCAAACCGGCAAUACAGCACCGUCUAACUUCCAGGUCGAUCAGUCUCAAUUUUUGACCACACCCUGGAGCAACCAUCCGCCGCAUCUUAGUGAUGCCUUUGACUUUGGACAUGACCAUACAGGUAUGCAAGGUGGCUACAAGGAGUAUACAGGUGAUAGUUUCUUCAAUGGCUACACAUCUCCAACUUUUGCAUCACCAACUUCUCUACGGGCCAACCCACCACUUAGUACAGGCUCGCCUCAACUUGCCUUUAAUAACCAAGGAGGAAGUUCAUUCUAUCUCGACACUAGAAUGGCACCAAGUCAACCAGCCGUUUUCAACCCAUCACUCAAUGCGAAUUUGAAUCAACUUACCUUUAAUAACCAAGAAGGAAAUUCAUACUAUCCUAACACUAGAAUGGCACCAAGUCAACCAGCCAAUUUCAACCCACCACUCAAUGCAGAUUCGAAUCAACUUGCCUUCACUAACCAAGGGAGAAAUUCAUAUCAUCCUGACUCUAGAAUAGUACCAAGUCAACCAACCAAUUUCAACCCACUAUUUAAUACAUUUCCAACUCAACUUACCUUGAAUAACCAAGCAAGAAGUUCAUCAUAUCUUGAUCCUACAAUGGCACGAAGUCAAUCAGCUAUUUUCAGCCCACCGCUGCAGAUACCUUCCACUAUUAAUGGCCAGUUGGGUACUAUGGGAAAUACAGCACCCUUGAACCCCCCGUUUGAUCAAUAUGGGUUUCCUACAGUAUCCAGCCCUGAUUAUCUGCCGCAUGAUAGUGGUGUCUUCGGUUUUGGUUCUGAACAAGCAGAUGUGCAAGAUGAUCCAGGUUCGAAUGGAAACGUAGGGGUGUAUUUUGGCGAUGACUUCAACUUUGCAACACACUCUAUGCUCAAUGUAUGCGAGCCCUGUGUUUCCGAUCAAAGAUUCUACCAGUCUGGCAAUACAGGCAGCUUCGAAGAUAAUCACCACUCGAAUCAAAUUGCUACGAAACAAGCAGGGGAGCGUGUCGAAGGACUUCCUGCAUAUCAAAACGAAUUCUUUGGAAUCGGUUCUCAUGCCAAUGCGCUUUUGACUCAAGGAUCUGACGAGGAUUCACAAAGUCGCGACUUACUUGAUAAGUAUGGCACUUUCAAGUUUUUCUCGACUCUCCCUCUCAAACUUCAAAAAAUGAUCUGGAAAGCUUUGUUUCCUGCUGGUCGAGCAGCAUUUAUAGAUUAUGCCAUUUACCCACAUCAAAUAAAACUCGACGAGCGACGUACUGGGCUACCAAUCACGUUGGCGAUUUGCAAGAUCAGCCGUCAAGUAACGAUGGAGCACUACACUAUAGUUGAUCGACAUCACCACGGUAGUAGGGCUAUAUAUAUGAAGCCAUUCUGCUUUAACCCAGAAGUAGAUACACUGUGUAUCACUUAUAACUUCAUAAAACCAUAUGGCUCAAAAAAAGUUCAUAAGGUCUGGUAUGACGAAGUUGAUAAAGCACUUAAAAAGAAAGGUGCCUUGAAAGAUGUCGGUCUAAAAGGUGUUAGAUUUUUAGACGUGCGAGACGUUGUCACAAGCUUGCCAGUUGACACGUCGAAUAUUUCAUGGUUUCUCCCGCGUGUGUAUAGGAACAGCUUUUUGAGUAGAUUUAAAAACCUUGACAGGCUGGUCUUCACAGGUGCCUGUGCCAUAGACGACUGGCUUUCAAUGCCUAGACUCGUGACUCUCGAUUCGCUAGGAGAGUGCGAGCUCUUCUGGGAGGAACUUGCCAAGUAUCUUGAGAAUCAAAAGAAAUCACACAAGGGUAGAUUAAUCGCCAAGGAGAAAAUUAUUGUAAGAGAAUACGAAGCUCCACAAGGUAUAUCUGCACUGGAACGUUUGCAAACAAUGGAUUGGCUAUUUUGA